UGGGUGCACAGGAGACUUCCGGUUGUCACUUUGCUUUGGUGUCUAAGCUAAUCAUGUCUGCCGAGUUUGAGGGUUACGAGCAGGAUUAUGGCGUACUCACUGCAGAAAUCACGGGGAGGAUCGGGAAGAUCCCCAGACUGGUGGGAGAUGAAAAGAAAUUAAUGAUAUCAAAUGUGGAAAAACAACUAGAGGAAGCCAGAGAACUGUUGGAGCAGAUGGAUCUAGAAGUGCGAGAAAUCCCAGCCCAGAGCAGAGCCAUGUACAGCACACGGAUGAGGAGUUACAAACAAGAGAUGGCCAAGCUGGAAACAGACUUUAAAAGGUCACGGAUCGCCUACAGUGACGAAGUGCGGAAUGAGCUCCUAGGGGAUGAUGGGAGUUCCUCAGAGAGCCAGAGGGCACAUCUGCUGGAUAAUACAGAGAGGUUGGAAAGGUCUUCCAGGAGACUAGAAGCUGGCUACCAAAUAGCAGUGGAAACCGAGCAAAUUGGUCAGAAUAUCUUGGAAAACCUGAAUGAAGACAGAGAGAAGAUCCAAAGAGCCAGAGAGCGGCUCAGAGAAACCGAUAGUAAUUUGGGAAAAAGCUCCAGGAUUCUGACAGGAAUGUUACGAAGGUAAGAAGAAGGAUCAUCCAGAACCGGGUUUUACUCGUCAUCCUGGCAAUCAUUAUUUUCUUUACCAUUGUCCUGGCAAUUUAUUUUUCUUUUCGGGGACACUGAUUCGAGCCGUCUUCGCAACAAGAAACCAUCCUGUGUGUGUACUGAGUAAUUAAGACAAAGUGUUCACAUGAAUCAUUGUCCUGCACUGACACAGCCCUGAUCUCAGCCCCAUAACCUCCUCUCAGCUGCAGAACGAUGCUCGGGACCUGUGCAACAGUAAAGUGUCCCUUUGGAACAUUAAUACUUGUUUACCUCUAUGUGACGUUGUAUAUUUUAUUCUGACUCUUUAUGAUACUGGUGUUUUUGUUGGGUAGUUUAUAUAUUUUACAUGAUAUUGAAAACGGAGUGACUGGUUAAUCCGUGUGUUGGUGCACUCUUUGUGCCCUGAAUAUUCAUUUUAUAAAGAAUAUAGUUUAACCCCUUAGCUGACAGAGAGGACAGCAAGCAUUACUGUGGAAGUCUUUGUAGCUUUAUCCUACAGCCAAUAGUGUUAGAGCGAUGUUAUACUCGGUACUGAAAUGCCUAUAACAUGUUUAUUUAUACAUAGGAGAAAUACCUUUGUAUUCAUUUUAUUGGUUAUUUUACAAACGUUUCUUGUAAUUUAACUUAAAAAAGUGCAUCCUGUUUGUCCAGAACCCAGACCCUGCAACAUUCUACAUAGUGAUUGAUAAAAGCAGUUUAUUUAUAUGUGUACCUUACUGGCCACAGCAGGAGAUACGUAAACCUGAUGAUUUGGAAGUCAAAAUGAAACUUUCAUGAUUCAGACAGAGCAUGCAGUUUUAAACACGUUUCCAAUUUAUUAUGAUAUUUACUUUGUGCUUUAGUAUCCUUUGUUGAAGAGCAUACUUAGGUAGGCUCAGGAGUGUUCACGUGUGUAGAAUACUAUAUCUCAGCAGUGUUUGUAACGAUCUACAAACAAUGUAGUGUAUGCUACGGUGUACAACAUAGUUACAAAUAUAGCUGCAAACACUGCUGGUGCUUAAAGGGACAUUAAACACUAAAUACAUGCUAGAUAGAAUGAUGCAUUCAAAGAAAAGAUUAGUCCAUGACUAACAUGUAGAUGUAUUUUUUAAAGUUUCAUUAGCUGUUUAAAAAGUGACAAAAUAAGUGUCAAGUUUUAGUGUCUAUAAAACACUGGGAGCUACCAUGUUGUAACUUGUGUUACCUUCUCUGCUGUGGCCAAUUAGGGACAGUUAUAAAUAGGUCAUUAGAGUGUGCAGCCAAUGGUUGUGCUGGAUUUAACAGUGUUAUGCACUUCUAUUUCUAACAGGAACUGAAAAGCUCACAAUUUCAGAAUGGAAUUACAGGCAAAGAGGACAAAAUAAAUAAUGAAAGUAUAUUGCAGAGUUGUUUUAUUAUAUACAAUUUUUCAUAUUAUAUUACCAUCUCAGUGUUUAAUGUCCCUUUAAGAUAUGUGCACAGCUUUCUAGGUAUGCUUUUCUAUAAGGGAUGCUAAGAGAACAAAAUACAUUUGAUAACAGUAGUUAAUUGAAAACUUUUAAAUGCCGUGCUCUAGGCGAAGCUUUUAAGUUUUUAUUUUGAAAAUCGUGUCUCUUAAGAGUAUGUCCCCGAAUUGCAAAUCAGCCUUUAAAGGGACACAAAACCCACAUUUUUUUCUUUCAUGAUUCAGAUAGAGCAGCAAUUUUACGCAACUUUCUAAUUUACUCAUACUAUCAAUUUUUCUUUGUUCUCCUGCUAUCUUUAUUUAAAAAGCAGAAAUUUAAAGCUUAGUAGCCAGCCCAUUUUAGGUUCAGCACCCUGGAUAGUGCUUGCUUAUUGGUGGCUACAUUUAGCAAACCAAUGAGCAAGGGUAACCCAGGUUCUAAACCAAAAAUGGGCCCGCUCUUAAGCUUUACAUUAAAGGGACACUGAACCCCAAUUUUUUUUCUUUCGUGAUUCAGAUAGAGGAAGCAAUUUUAAGCGACUUUCUAAUUUACUCCUAUUGUCAAAUGUUCUUCAUUCUCUUGGUAUCUUUAUUUGAAAAGCACGAAUGUAAGUUUAGAUGCCGGCCCAUUUUCAGUGAACAACCUGGGUUGUUGUUGCUGAUUGGUGGAUAAAUUCAUCCACCAAUAAAGAAGUGCUGUCCAGGGUCUGAACCAAAAAUUGGCUGGCUCCUUAGCUUAGAUGCCUUCUUUUUCAAAUAAAGAUAGCAAGAGAACGAAGAAAAAAUGAUAAUAGGAGGAAAUUAGAAAGUUGCUUAAAAUUGUAUGCUCUAUCUGAAUCACGAAAGAAAAAAGUUUGGGUUUAGUGUCCCUUUAAAAGGCAACUUUAAAGACACAUUCCAGCAUAAAUUGGAAUCCUCAUGGAUACAUUUCUAUUUUGAAUAAAGGCAUUUUGUAAUAUACAUGAAUUAAUAUAAUAUACAUGUUUCUAGUAAAAGCUACAGCUGUUACAAAAGUGUAUUUAAGUAUGCACCGUGCACCAGCAUUUUAAACACAGCACUUUCUCAGAGAGCCUAAGGUGCUUGUAUCAUCUGGUAAUCACUUGAUUUGUUAAUUGCUCACAUGAUACAAGCCCCACUGGUGCUCUGAGCUGCUGCAGUAUUUAAAAUGCUGGUGCUCUAAGAAUAUCUAGCUAUGUAAUUGCAAAUAUGUUUCUAUUCAAAGAUGUAAUUCAUCUAUAUGCAUUUAAAUUUUUGCCGGAAUGUCCCUUUAAAUGCUUUUAAAAUUGUUAUUUUCUAUGCAGAUUGCAUACAAUUAAUUGUCUAAUGUAUAUAAAAAAUGCUUUAAUGUCCCUUUAAAAAACCAGCAUUCUGUUUAACCAGUAUGUCAUUUCCUAAAUAAAACCUGCAUAUGGUGAGAUAAAGCCUCAUGUAAUUACAGUCACUUCUGGUUGGCUACUGUAUUUUAUUUAUAAAACAAAUAUAUUCUAAUGCGUUACACAAAUGGAUAUUAAGUAAGAAAUGUUAAACAUAACAUAAUCUAUCCAAACAACAUCAGGGCGUGAGAAAUGUGCAUAAUUGUGUAUGAUUUUCUUACCUAACAUUACUUUUGUCUAAAAUCCGUGUAAAUGAUAUUGUGCUAUUUUAUGUCAUUAAAUGUCCUAGUAGCUCUGUUGUUCUUAUUAGAUUUGCAAUGUUUGUCAUUAUAUUUUAAUUAUUAAAAUUAGACGACAACUGUGUAAAAUA